AUGCUGUCUACCGGCGAACGGCCCCAGCCGUCUCCCCAAGGUCGUCCUGCGGGUAUACUAGACUCUACCCGCGCAUCCGUUACCAAACCCUCCUCGUUCAACCACACUACGCUCCCAAUGCGAUCAGAGAAACCCAAUCCACAGGAAAUCCAACAUAUCUGGGUGGUCACCGGCCCAGCUGGAAGCGGGAAAAGUACUGUGGGAAGAUACCUCCAGCGGGAAUUGGGGGUGCCAUUCCUUGAGGGUGAUGAUUUCCACCCCAAGUCCAACCGGGAAAAAAUGGGCAAUGGCGUCCCCCUCACAGACGCAGACCGAUGGGACUGGCUCAUCUCCCUCCGUAACGCAGCCAUCACCGUGCUCUCCCCCUCCGAAACAAACAACUACCACCCUCCCUCCGGGGUCGUUGUGGCCUGUUCCGCCCUGAAGCAGAAAUACCGCGACGUCAUGCGCGUUGCUGCAUACGGCUCCUCGUCUGUCCAGAUCCACUUCAUAUACCUCAAGCUCGACGAGAAAACCCUCUUCCAGCGUGUCUCCGCGCGCCAGGCGCAUUACAUGAAACCAGGCAUGAUCCAGUCGCAACUGAAGGAUCUCGAGGAGCCAAAGGGUGAAUGGGAUACCCUGGUGGUGGAUGUUCAUGGAUCCCCGACUGAUGUCCAAAAGGAGGUGGUAAGGGUGGUAAAGGGGAAACUCGCAGAGUAUCAGUAG